GAUAAUAUAAAUGAAAUUUAAUCAUAAUAUCAUAACCGUUGUAAACGCAAUAUUAUGUAUGUUAACCAAGCUUCUAUAAGGCUUGUAAUUCCUUGUUGAUAGUUAAAUAAGUGUUCACGAUAAUUGCUUUGUUAACAAGCAUAAAUGCUCAGUAGGUAACAAAGAAUAUAUUAAUCAUGUUUUGGAAAUACAAUUAUGCUGUAUCGCCUCAGAUUGAACUGCUCUUGGAAAAAGAGGAUAUUACAUUAUCGGAGCUUAUGGAGGAGGAAGAUAUCCUUCAAGAAUGCAAAGCCCAAAAUAAAAAGCUAAUUGAAUUCUUGUUAAGACCAAACGUUUUGGAACAACUUGUAAGGUUAAUAAUAACUGAACCAGAUCCGGAGGUUGAGGAAAAUUAUCGCUAUAGGCUUUCAAACAUAGCUUGUGAAAUUCUUACGUGUGACUUACCAGCUUUAAAUGAGAGAUUAUCUGCUGAUGGCACUUUAAUGGAAACCUUGUACUCUUUCGUAAAGCAGGAGCCUCCUUUGAAUCCUUUAUUAUGCUCUUUUUUUAGUAAAACAUUAGCAAUGCUCAUUACUAGGCAUAAUGAACAGAAUUGGUACUCGUAUCAAUUUUCAUGCCUUCAAGUUGUUGAAUUUUUGAAAUCUCAACUGGAUUGUGUUUCGACACUAUUAAAACACCUAGGCACUCCGGCUAUGAUGGAUUUGGUUUUCAAAUUAAUUAGUCAAGUUGAGGGAAAUGACAUGCGGACAAGUGUAAUCAAUUGGUUGAUAAAUGAGAACAUUGUGACAUGUUUGGCGGAUCUUUUGAAACCAGAACAUGGUUGUGAUGUACAUUGUAACGUUUCUCAACUUUUAUGUGAUGUUGUUCGAGCCGAUAGAGAUGCCGUGGCAGAACAUGCCGAUACAAAUUGUAUUCUGUCUAAAUUAGAGACGCCUGAAACAAUUAGCCUUAUAUUACAGAAUAUUUUAGAACCCCCCAUGAUGGAAAGUAGCAUUGUAGGUGGAAUACAAUUUUUAUUGGUAUUAUUAGACCAACAUGAAAGAUGUGCUAUACAGUAUAAUAUUGAUAAUAACACAAAAAAGGAUAAAUCAUAUGAUAGUGCUCAUCAAAAGGAAUUAUUUGAAGCCUUAUUGCCUUAUUUGAAGGACUUUCAUGAUAUAUUGAUCAAUCCUCCAAAGCAAAACUCUAUUAAAACUACAGCUGGAUAUUUAGAGAUACCAUUGGGUAAUGCAAGAUUACAAAUUGCAAGAUUUAUUAGUAUUUUGCUUGCUGAAAAUUAUGUGCCUACAUUUUGUGAUAAAUUAGCAGAACUCGGUGUUAUGGAAACACUUAUCGAUUUAUUUUUUAAAUAUUCCUGGAAUAACUUUUUGCAUGGAUAUGUUGAAAAAUCUAUUGCAAGUAUUUUACUUCAAAAUAAUUCUGAAUUGACAAAUCUUCAAAAGAGAUUAUUUGUUGAAGGCAAAAUAAUUCAACGAAUGCUAGAAGAAUGGAAUAAUAAUAAUGAUCAACAGGCUCAAGGAGAUGGAGUUCGGAAGGGAUAUAUGGGUCACAUAAUUAAAAUAAUAAACCAUAUUGACUCGGUCACUAAUGAAGAAUUGAAAGACUUCAUUAAAAGUGUUUUGUCAGAAGAUAUUGCAGUUCAAGAAUCAUGGAAUGCAUUUGUCUCCGGACCCUUGAAGGAUAUUACAGAAACACAGAAUGUUUUAUUAGGUGGAGUACACCCUGUACAUUGUAAAAGUCAUGAUUUAUCAGAGGAACUACAGUUGGAUGUAUUUAUAAAUGGUUUGAAUAUGGAUUCUGUUUAUAAUGAUAGUAAUCCAAAUGAUGAGUGGCAAAUAAAUGCAGAUUCUGAUGACUUCUGCUUAAAAUCAAAUGAUGAUCCUUGGAGUAACAACGAUGAAAAACUUUCUGUAGCAUCUUCAAGUGACGAAUUUGAUAAGAUACAAGAUGGAACAGAAUGGGCUGAUUUUAGUUCAGAUAACUUUGCUGAUUUUGACUCUAAUUUUGGCCAAUUUGGCGCUUCAUCAUUAUUGGCCAUAGCAGAAGAUAUUCAAAACGUUACUGAAAGCCAUAAUAUGGAGAAUGAAGAAAAUAAGUUGAGCGAAGAAUUGCCAAGGGAAGAAAAUCCUUUGCCAGAUAUUAUUUUUGAAGAUUUGAGUAAAAAUGAUGAUGUAUCAAUUGAAAAUAGUGAGAGCGAUCAAUCUCAUUCGAAUGAAGCUAUUUUGAACUCAUGAGUGAUACUAUAAAGCACAUUCUGAAAAAUGAUUCAAAAGUAUUGUGAUAUCAUCAGUAGGGUAAUACAACAGAAUUUCUAAAAAUUCAAUUCAUAUUAUUUUUGUUUAAAUUAGAACUUUUGACAUGAACGUUAAAU